GGUGGGGUGGCCAGCAGGAGUCCCACAGGCGUCAGACACGGACCUGGCCAAACUUUGCCAUGUCGACGGGAGUCUGUCCCCCGAUGGUCUGGUCUCCAUUCUGAAGAGGAGGAGAGCAUCCCUGGAUGGACUGCCGCCCCCGAGCAACGCAGACAACAAGAUGAACGCCAAACGCAAAGUCCGCUUCAGUGAACCGGAAGACGGCAUCGAUCAAGACGAGGUGGGCGGAGACUCCUGCUUGAUCCUGGUCCUGCUGUGUCUGAUUACCGUGGUGAUCAGCAUAGGCGGGACCGCGCUCUACUGCUCCUUGGUGGACACGUCGUCCAACAUUUGCACCGACUUCACUCGCAACGUCGACUUCUUCGUGACAAACGUGCGGAGUUUCUUCCGAGGUUUUGGACACUGGCUGCCUCACGGGACAUAAGAGCCAUCAUGUGAAGUCUGUAGCAGUUUGGCUUUCAAGUCACAGACAGAGGAACAUUUUGAGCUUGUAACGACUGGGAAUUCCAUGCCCGAGUUGAGCACAGACAUUGACAUCAUUGCAGCAGAUGUAUCCAGCAAAGAAUCUCUGGCCAACAUGUGCCAACAGGCUAUAGUUAUUCUCAACUGUGUUGGUCCAUACAGGUUUUAUGGCGAGCCGGUGGUCGCCGCAUGCGUGGAGAAUGGAGCUCACUACAUUGACAUCUGCGGAGAGCCACAGUUCCUGGAGCGCAUGCAGCUUGAGUACCACACGAAGGCCUCGGCCACAGGGGUGUACGUAAUUGGCAGCUGCGGCUUUGACUCCAUACCGGCAGACCUGGGAAUUCUCUAUACUCAGAGCCACUUUAAAGGGACGCUGACAGCAGUGGAGAGCUUCCUAACCAUAAGCAGUGGGCCUGAGGGCACAUGCGGACACGACGCCACGUGGCGUUCGGCCGUGCACGGCUUCGCCGAUAGUGGCGCCCUUCGCCAGCUGAGGAGAAAGUUUGACCACAAGCCGCUACCUGUGGUAGGAACCAAAGUUCGCCCGAGAGGUUUUGUGUUUUUUAGCAGAGAGAUCAUGCAGUACGCCAUUCCUUUUAUGGGUUCGGACCCCUCUGUGGUCAAGAGAACACAGCGUUUCCUUUACCAGGAGAAAUCUCGCUCACCCAUCCAGUAUUAUGCAUAUGUUGGGGUCGGAGGUCUCUGCUCAGUUGCCAAGCUCUUUUGUGGUGGACUGCUCUUCGGGAUCAUGGUCAGAUUCAGCCUGGGCAGAAAACUUCUCACCAUGUUCCCAAGGUUUUUUUCCUUUGGCUUGUUCAGUAAGGCUGGUCCAACAAUUAAACAGAUUGAAGACACCUGCUUCAACAUGACAUUUUUCGGCGAGGGCUACGCCGAGGCUGCAGACCCCUCCCAGGGGCCGCCCAACGCCAAGAUCUGCACUGAGGUCAUGGGAGCAGAGCCUGGCUACGUGGCCACGGUGAUUGCAAUGGUACAGGCAGCAGUAACAUUGCUGAAAGAAAAGCACUGCCUUCCCAUGAGGGGAGGAGUAUACACACCAGGAAGCGCCUUCUACAAUACCAGUCUAAUUGACCGCCUUCAUAAUCGCGGCUUCAAGUUCUCUGUGAGAACCUACCAAGAAGCAACUAAAGCCUAAGCCCUCAAUUGUUUCAUCCACUGUGCCUCCUCUUGAUACAGGAUUUUUUUUUCUUAAAAAACAAAAAAAAAAUAAACAAUCCUCAUUGUCUGUGGUUGUACUUCACCUUCCUUGCCACGAGGUGUCAGUAUUUCCCCUUGUUCCCCCUUGAUGAACAAUGACCCUCCACAUCCUGGCAUGACAGUAGAGGUGAUUUCAUGCCCCUGAGGAUGCGCAGGCCGUAUGCGGAGUGACAGCGGGUCACCGUGGAAGCUCUCUGGAGCUUUUCGAUUUUUUUACAAGCGCUCGACUGAAGCCGCAGUCAUGAGAAGGAAAUAUUUGGCAGCCCCCGCCUCCUCCCCCGUUCUCUUUCUCAGGUUGUGAGUCAUCAUGUGAGCCAUCGCACUGUCACAUCUGCUUCCCACCCCCCCGGCUGUCAUCACCACGCCAAUGAACACUGUCCAAACAGUGGUUGUGAGAACGGAACGUGUCAGUCGUGUCGUUCCUGCGUCACGGCGCUUGUGUGAUUAGGAGCUGCGGUGUUGGUGCGAGGCUGAGAGAGAGUGCGCUGGUUCCCCAGGGUGGAGCAGAGAGCAGCCCCCGCCCUCAUCGCCUGCCACGGUCCGCCAUUGAGCCCAUGCUACUAUUCUUGCGAUUUCUUCCUCUCUCUUUGGAAAAAUCGCUAUCCUCCCUCAUCAGCCAGCGCUCUCGCAAUCACAUCUCACUUAUUGCCCUCAAUCCCAUUAAGUGCAGUGUGUUGCAGAAUAUGAAACCCCGACACCCCCUGAUAAGGAAUUUAGCGGGAUGGCAAUAUCGCUUAGAAGGAGGUCAUCACUUGAGAAUCAAGUUGCGGCCCAUCCUGUAAAAUAUGGAAUGGACCUUUAAAUGGGAAUUAAAUGUCGCGUCCCGUAUCGCUUCAAUACGGGCCGCCGUUUGUCCCGUAUUUUCCUCAGUGUCGGAUGCUUCUGUCACACACAACAGUAAUGAACAAAAUAAAAGAUGGCGACGUGGUACAGUCGAAACUCGUUACGAAGUACCUGGAGGGACAUCACAAAUCUGUACGUUAUCACGGUAGUUCGUUGUCAGCUUUUUCGACAAAAUGGCCGCCAACGACGCCGUAUAAUACACUAUGAACAUUUAGAGAUGUAAAAACAUGGACAUGUAAUACAGUGUAAACACAUA